AUGGCCUCCAGCGAUCCCACAAGUCUCCCCUCGGUGGAAAUCCGCCAAACCAACUUCGAGCAAGGCAUAGCCUACGCCCUCCACCUCUGGCCCGACCUCACCCUCGCCGUCCGCGAAAACCUCGGCGGCCCCGACUCCGCCGACAAGCGCGACUGGCUCGCCGGCGCCCUCUCCGACCUUUUUCCCUCCUUCUCCUCCACAAAGGCUGACGACGUCGAUAAUAUAUACAUCCAAGAGUUCCUGCAGCAGGUCAUGGAGGACGAGUUCGAGGUCAUCAUCGAGGAAGGGGAUCCGUCGCUUUGGAAAGUCGCUGAACAGAUUGUCAGGAUAAGGAGGGACUGCGCGGAGGGGAGGUUCGAGAAUGUGGAUGUUUUGAGGGUGAGGUGGCAGGAGGGGAAGGGGAAGAAGAUCGACGGGUUGUAUAAGAAGGGGGAGGAUCCGAAUCAGGAUACGGAUUGGGAUGAGGACGACGAGGAUGAUGAUGAUGAUGAUGAUGAGGAUAUGGGGGAUGCGCCGCCUCUUGUGCAGACGAGACGGGAGAAGCCUGAGCCCGAGGUCGAUGAGGACGGCUUCACGAAAGUCACGAGAAAGAAGUGGUAA